UCCAGCAUCUGUAUGGCUUGCAAAUGCAACAUAUGAGGAGGAAGAUGGUUAUACUUGAUGAAUAGGGUGAAUAGGAUGAGCAACGCACCACUGCACAUGUCUCUAUCCCCUUCACCGCGAACCCAACCACGCACACACAGUACCGAUUGAUCAUGGCUCAACUGCAGAUGGCUGACGUGAAUGGGACGGCGGGCCAGCAACUGGCAUCGAAUGGGGAACGAGUGGAUCCGGGCGGCUUCAAGCUCAAAUUCUGCACGGUUUGUGCGAGCAACCAAAAUAGAUCUAUGGAGUCGCAUCUAAGACUGGCAUCCGCUCACUACCCUGUCAUCUCUUUUGGCACCGGAUCGCUUGUUCGCCUUCCCGGACCCACGAUUACCCAGCCGAACGUCUAUCAAUUUAAUAAAACCUCGUACGACAGCAUGUAUAAGGAGCUCGAGGCGAAAGAUCCUCGACUGUACCGCGCCAACGGCCUGUUGAACAUGCUUGAGCGCAACCGGGGAGUCAAGUGGGGGCCUGAAAGAUGGCAGGACUGGCAAAUUGGUGUUCCGAGACUGGAUCACAGCACGGACAAAGGCAGCGCGGGGGUCGAAGGCGGAGUUGUCGAUGUGGUCAUCACAUGCGAAGAGAGAUGCUGGGAUGCCGUGGUAGACGAUCUUCAUAGUCGAGGCUCCCUCUUGAAUCGGCCUGUUCAUAUCAUCAAUGUGGACAUCAAGGACAACCACGAGGAGGCUUUGGUUGGUGGGAGAGGCAUUCUGGAUCUGGCGGACUCGUUGAACAAGGCAGCCGCAGAGGAGAGGGAGCUUGAUCCGUCUGGAUUCGACAGUGGGAACGCUGCGAGUCGCGCUAGUUUUGACGAGAGGGUCCCCGAGAUCAUUGGAGAAUGGCAGGAGAGAUGGCCGAAUUUGCCGGCAACCUGGACUUUGGGCUGGUUCUAGGAGUCAAGCAUUAGCUCUGGUUGUGGAUAGCGGUUCUUUGCAUUCGUGUCUUUGAAUCUGAUACUCUACUUAGCAUGAUGCGUAUAGACAGCGAUGCCCUAGAAACUCCGUUGACGGCCAGUGCUUUCGAAAGGCCUAAGGAACGUCUAGAUCGCCGUGGCUGGGGGGAACCCA